AUGGGAGGGAGGAAGGCGAAUAGAAAUGGCGCCAAUGGUGCUGAAGGCGAGAAGCCGGAGGAAAUAAGCGCCGCCGUGAAUGGCGGUAUCCGGAGGCUACAAUCGAGGAGGGCGGCUUCUAUGGUAGCGAGGCAGAAGAUUCGAGUGCUGAUGGAGAGAAAGAAGAAGGCGGCCAAGGAUGCAGCUCUCAGUGUAAAAGAGGUUGCUGUGGCUGCCAUGGAUGUUGCUUUUCGAAGGAGGGAAUCUCGGAGGGCUGCUUCUAUGGCGGCGAAGGAGAAAAUAGGGCUAUUGAUGAAGAAAAUAACGAGAAACGUGCGUAGAAAGAAUGAUCGAAGUUUUGCUAAUGUUUGUGAGGCUGAAAUUGUGGAGAAAAGCUUGGAAAGGAAUUCGAUCUCUGAGCAGCAGCAGCAGGAGCACGAAAUUGACGAAGUCGAUCGUGAAAAGAAGAAGGAAGAAGCUCUGCAAUGGCUGAAGGACGCCGGAAUCUUCGAAUUAGGAAGUAUGGAUCAAUACGAGCCUCUGAGAUGGUACUACAAGAGCAGAGGCUCCUUCGGCAGCGUCACGGCGGUGCGAGAAAAUUCGACCAAAGAGAUAAUGGUGAUGAAGAAAGUGCGUGAAGGCAUGACUGUAAACUUGCUUAGAGAAAUUCAGAUUCUCAACCAACUCAACGGACAUCCAUCGAUUGUUCGAUUCAAAGAGGUCGUGUUGGAUGGAGACAGCCACGACGAAAUCUGUAUAGUGAUGGAAUAUGUGAAGAGGGAUCUUCGAAAGUUCAUCAAGAACUCGAAAAGGUCUUUCACAUUGAGUGAGGUCAAGAACUGGAUGAGGCAGCUCUUCGAAGGGGUAAAGUUCAUCCACGAAAAUGAAAUUAUACAUCGAGACAUUAAGCCUUCGAACAUUCUGAUUGGAGAGGGUGGAGAUUUACUGAAAAUCUGCGAUUUUGGCGUGUCUGCGCCGUCCGCGACAAAAUUUGUUGGCAGGGCGGGUACUCGACAAUAUGCUGCUCCGGAGAUUCUUCUAAGGCCGGUGAACUACUCGACUGCGGUGGAUAUGUGGGCGGUGGGAUGUGUAAUGGGGGAGAUGUUUUUGAGGGAAACUAUGUUUAGAGGGCGUGACGACAUUGUAGUGAUUUCUGAGAUAUUUAAAGUAUUGGGGACACCAGAAGACAUUAGUAAUUGGCCUAGAUUGCGCGGACAAGAUACUAUCGACAUGUUAAGUGGAUAUGCAAAUGUUCUAGAAAAGAAGUUCACCAAUUGUUCUCCAAAGAUGACAGAAUCUGGGCUCGAUUUGUUGAAGAAUAUGUUAACUUAUGAUCCUACUAAAAGGAUAACGGCGGAAGCUGCUCUUAAUCAUGCAUGGUUUGCGGAAAACUCGGAUCUUUCAAUUCGCGACGAGGCCUUAGAGUGA